AAAAUAUAAAAAUAAAAACCACCCUCUCCUAUUCACCUUUUCAGUGGCUUUUUACUCUGUUUCCCCAUUGGUGGAGCUCUCUCAGCUCUCUCAAGCUAUCUGUUUUGUCUCUCUUUCACUCUCUCUUUUCAGUUCCUUUGGAUAGCCUGAAAGCCUCAAAAACCCAACAAAAAUAAAUAAAUAAAAAUAAAUAAACAAAAAAUAAAAUAAUGGUCGUAGCCAAUUAGGGCUUCGUCGGAAAGUUGAACCCAAAAAGCUUUUUUCUCAGCUCUUAAUGGAAGUGGCUCCGGCACCAGUUGGGUGGGUGGUUUUCUGGGCGUUAUCCAAACAGUGUUUCACAACUUCUGUUGGGUUUUGAUCCUUGUUUGUGCAGGUGAGGUUGUGCUUCGGUUUUUUCUUUCUGGGUAUUUUUCUUUUUGGGUUCUGAAGCUGUCUGAGAUUUUUGAAAUAUUCUGGGGUUUUUGUUUGCAUUUGGGGUUUUUGGGAGAUGAUGUUUUUUCUGGGAUUAUCGGUUAAAAGGGUAUAGUUUUUGUUGGGAAUUAAUCAGUUAUGGCGGUUCUUUGUAGUGUUUUUGAUGGGUUGUGCUGUGGAAUAUAUGGUUUGUGAUAGAAGUAAAGAAAAAAAAAAAAAAGAUUUGUUUUUUUUUUUUUUUUUAAAUUUUUGAUAGAAAAUUUUAAGCUUUAGGGAGAGUUGUGGAUCAAAAUUUUGGAAGAGUGCUUUUGAAUUACUGGUUUGUUAUGUUUGGAUAACCAACUUGGGAAUAAAAAAAGUAGAAGGAAAAAAUGGCAACGGAGUCCAACACAGGGUUUCACUGCGAGGGAGCUUUAGGUUCUGCUUUGAAUCGACACGCUAUAUCAUUCCAAUCUGGUGCUAUAAACAGCACGUCCGAGAUGCUUCAAAUGGGGUAUUCCUUUGGUGUGAAUAGUAAUACAGCAGCGGGAAUGAUGUUUACUGGGAAUUCAACCAUUAUUGGCAACAAUCCUGUAAUUAGUCAGGCUGGUAGUUCAUCUGGUGCUCUGCUUCUUGAUUCAGUGCCAGGGCUGAAGCAUGACGUGGGGUUGGCUGUUGAGUGGUCUGUUGAGGAACAGUACAAGUUGGAGGAAGGCCUAGCGAGAUAUGCUGAUGAACCAAGUAUAAUGAGGUACAUCAAGAUUGCUGCCACAUUGCGUGACAAGACUGUGCGUGAUGUUGCUUUGAGGUGUAGGUGGAUGAUGAGAAAGCGGAGGAAACCUGAUGAACAUAAUGUAGGAAAGAAGGUGAUCAACAGAAAGGAUAAGCUUCUGGAGUCAUCUUCAAAGAUGAAUAUGCCUUCUGCUCUGCCGCUGAACAUGGGUACAUAUCCUUUUAUGUUGCACAAUGUGGACCAGAAUGGAUGCAUGCCUUCCGAAGUUUCAGGACUAAGUGGCACAGCCAAACACCUAUUGGAACAAAAUGCUCAAGCUUUUAGUCAAAUCUCGUCUAAUCUUUCUACAUACAAGUUACAGGACAACAUAGACCUUUUCUGUCGCACAAGGAACAACUUAAUCGCCAUCCUGGAUGACAUGAGAGAUAUGCCGGGCAUGAUGAGAGAGAUGCCUCUACUGCCUGUAUCCAUUAACGAGGAUCUUGCUAAUAGUAUUUUGCCUAAUCCAACUUAGAAAAAAUGGAUGCAUCUGAUGGAUUGCACAAAUUGUCUGAGCUCUCCAGUGCAUAAGUUAAUUUUCUUUUUCCUGAGAAGCAAGAGUAGCAAACAAUUUCGCGCUUCAUGCACUAAGAAAGAAAGAAAAGCCCUAAUACCUCUCUAUGCACAGCUUCUUCAAUUCUUGGGCAUUAAAAUUCAGUCAUUUGAUCUCAGUGCUCCCUGUUUUUAAUUGUGUUUUGUGUCUGAAGAUGGAUAUUGUUACUCUUGUUGUUACAUAAAUAAAAAUUAUUCUGUGCAGAAAAUAAUCUAUUUUAUGAAAUAUAGCUCAAGCUGAAAUGCACAUUUUUAUUUGAUUCCAA